UUUUACUUGACUUUAUUAUUACUACUAUACUAUUUGCUAGAGCGAGAAAGUCAUAUAUACAUACAAUCAGAGGCAACAACACACACGCACACACAUUUUCAUUAUUAGUUUAACUCUUCAAUUUAUUAUUGUUAUUAUUGCUAUUGCUAUUUGCCUUGUAUCCCUGUCCCGCUCGCUCGCUCCUUGUGCUCUCCUUUUGCGCCACUCGCUCUCAGUCGACUGUCAUUUUCUCUCAUUUUUCUUGGCCUUCUCUUUUGUGCUCUCCGCUAGUUCUUAUUAAAAUAGUUACGUUAAAUCAGUGCGUUAACUUGUAUUCGUGUGUAUGUCUGCGGGUGUCUGUAUGUAUGGCAGUAUCUGUGUUUCUGUAUGUCUAAAGAUUACGGAUUUUUAUUUGUUUUUUUUUGAAUAUGCCUACGAAAAUGUUUAAGAAACUAAGAAUGUAUGUGUGUUAGUGUUUAUUGUUCUUUCGUAUUUGAUCACCCGCUUGAUAAAAAAGAGAAAAACAACAAGUCAGGUUAAAACGACGAUGUCUGUAUAUUUUGUAUCUGUAAGUGCCCUCGCAUAUGAUUGUGUGUGUGUGUUUGCAUUGUACAUAAAUUGAAUUAAGUGAAAUUUUUGUUGUUGUUUUUCGUUAGCGGAAAUUUCUACACCGCAUGUUCGUCGAUCACUUAAAAAAUCAAACUAAAAUCAAACACGCACACGCAUGCAUAACGGUUACUCUCUGACAAUUCCGAUAAGUUUUUCACUUUGAUGUUCGACAAAUUCUGAUUGGAAUCUCGGCCGUUAUGCAACAUUUAGAUGUAGAGCUCUUAAAGAUUCCAAGUCUCUAAAAUUAAUUAUAUCUCCACAUCGCGAUUGCCGCCUAAUGGUUUUCUCAUUAGUUUCGUUUCUUUCCUCUUUUAUUUUUGCACCCACAAAGUUAUGUUCUCACGGGAAUCGAAAUAAAAUCCAUGAAAAUCGAGAUGAAGAAUUUGAGUGCCAAUAGGAAUUAACCAAAACUAGAUAGAUUAAAUGUAAAUUGUGUAUAAAUAUUUACCUUUAUUAUCCAGCUAAUUAAAUCCCAUUCAAUAUGAUUACGUUCUUCCUUACAUGCCAUAAUUUGUAUUUUUAGCCGCAGAAUAAUGCAAAAAGUGAUGUUCGCCAUUAAAAAGGUAAAAGAUUCCUGUUUUAUGCGAAUGAUCAUGUACCCCUUUUGUGAUCCUUUGCCUUGUUUUGGCCCUUCCCUUUUUUUCUAUAGCUGCCUAGUUGGCAUUUGCAGAAAAUGAAGACAAAAAACCCACUAGACGAGUGGAGCUGCACAUAUUUGUUAACAUUACCAUUACCAUAUCCCAUUUCCAAUUUCCAAGCUUGCUUCUCUGUGACUCAGAAACAACAACAACAAUAACCAGGGCUCAAAUAAAAACUGCAACAACAAUGAGGCGAAACACACACCUAUUUACAGCUGUGUUCAAGAUAAUAGUAGUUCUUAUAAUUCAUAUAUAUUUUAUUAUAAACACACUUGAAAAAAUUACAAUGCUAUUCUGAAGUUUUACCAUAAAUAUAGAAUUCAAAAAUGCUCUUUAAUGUGAACCUUAAUUUUGAAAAUAUUAAAAAAUUAUUCUAUGUAAAUUUUUAUAAACUUUACUCUGAACUACUUAUUUUGAGAAAAAUGAAUAUAUGACUAUUAGUGUGGACACAGGUGUAUAUGUUGUGGCAUACACACAGGUACACUAGAAGAAAAAAAACAAAGAGUUGCCGAUAUGCAUAUGUAACUAUUCGAAUAUCAUUAAAUGCAGAUCUCUAUAAAAGCAUAAAAAACAAAGUUGAAGCGGAGAAGUGACUUUUGAGUGCGGUUUUUUCAUAUCGUAUGGUAUCGUUUCGUUACCAAGACAAGCAGACAAGACACACAGCCAACAAUCCAUAAUAAUCUUCCCGUAAUUUAUAGUCCAAGACAAUUUAUGUAAUUUACAAAUACCAAAAACGAAAGAGACGGCAAAAGGUAAAAAAAAGAAGAAAAAAUGAAACGAAAGACGAUGAGAGCGAAUGCAACUGCUGCAGCCAACUAACGAUAAUAACAAUAACGAAAAAAAAUAUAAUAAAAAUGAGAGAAAAACACACGGUGGAAAAAAACAACAAGGCAACACACACGGCAAUAGCAAUAAACAGCUACACCAACAGAAACAACAAUAGAGCAGCGCACUAAAUAAACAAUUCAACAAAUUUGAUCCGAGUCAAGCACACACAUCCAUACGUUCGCACACACACACACACACACACACACUUGACAAUCAUAGACAACUCACACGCACAUAAAAAUGCAUAUGAAGAAAAAAUAUGUAGUUUACCAAACGUCGUCGGUAGAAUCGGAACGUUUUGUUCCUGCGUUUCCGUUUCUCCGUCCGUCCUUCAUUCCGUUCGUUCCGGGCAAUUCUCACGCGUGAGAGAGUGCCACUUGUUGCCGCCGGCUCCGGUACUCUCUCCAUCAAAUCACUUCAUCAUUCCAUCGUUAUUGGAUAUUCGAUAAACUUAUUGAUCUGAUUCACCCACUAGCGGGAGACUUGUGGAACGACAACUGUCAGCGGAAACAGAAGUACCACCCCGGAUCAAUUGGAAGGCAUGCAGUUGAUGGCCAGCGGUUACUCCUGCAGCAGCUCCAUCUCCUUCAGUUCCAGUUCCAGUUCCCUCCGUUCCAUACUCUCGCGAUGGAGAGCGAACCGCAGGAGGUUGGGGUCGGAGGUGCACAGUUAUGUCGCAUCUGCAUCACCACCCACCAUCAGCAUAACAACACCAAUACAGCGACCACAGCCAACCUGCCAAUGAUACCCAUCUUCGGCGAGGAUGCGCUAUGGCAGAAGAUUACCACGCUGGCCAACGUCAAGAUUAGCAAAAACGACACCCUACCGCAACAGGUAUGCGUCGGCUGUGCCAAGACAGCCAUUUCGGCCUGUGUUUUCAAGAAGAAGUGCGAGGAGGCGGAUAAUUUUUAUCGCCAGCAACUGAGGCUCCAGAAGAUUGAGAACGCAAAUCCGUUGGAGGCGAGUGCAGCCGCCGACCAGGCCAAGAGCAGCGGAUGCAGCAGUGGCAGCGGGAGCAGCAGUGGAAGUGGCAGUAGUUCCACCAGCAGCAGUUCUUCCUCCGACGACGAGGACGAAGACAAUGACCAAGAGCUGGAUAACGAUAAUGAAGAGGAAGCGGAUGAGGGACACAAGCGGCUACAAAAUGGUCAUGGCCAGGUUAUCAAUGGUCAUCAAGGAGACGAAGAUGAUGGGAUCCAGGACGAAAUGGAUGACCAACACGGACCUGGCAACGAUGAAGACCGGGAAGAUGAUCACCAUCGUAAUGGCCUGCAGUUGACGGAAGCAGCUCCUGAGGAUGGUGAUGAUGUUGAGGAUAUAAAUCCCUUGAGCCAGCACCAUAACGACGAUGGCGAGAUAACCGUCCACGGCGUGCAUCACAAGGAGCCGUUUGACUUCAAUUCUAUACGCCUAAUGCAGGAAUAUAUGCAACACCAGAUGAACAAGUUUCCCAAUGGCUCUGCCACCGGUCCACCGGGUCAGGAUAUGGAGCUCGAUCUCGACCAGCAGCACCACGACGGCGACGAUGACGAUGAUGAAGAUAUGUCACUGCCGCUAAUACCUGAAAUAGAGUUAAUCACGCCGGGUGAUGAAGCACCUGCGGAUCACUCGAUUCCAAAUGAUUUGGUCAACGGGGUCGGCGUUGGUGUGGUUCAGGGAAUGCGGGGACCAGGUUUCCAGUGCCCCCAUUGCUAUCAGAUAUUUGAGAUGAAGCAGAUCCUCAAGGCGCACAUGCAAAGCGUCCAUGGAGCACCUGGUCCGGUGUAUGAGUGCAGCAAUUGCCGUAAGACCUAUUUCUACAAGCGCUUCCUGGAGAAGCAUAUACGACGCGGUCGGUGUGUCAAGAAGCGUCGCAAUCAAACUCGGCCAAUGCAGUGCUCGGAUUGUCAUGUCCUCUUCCCCACGGGCCAUCAUUUGGGUUGGCAUAAGCGCACCGGCUGUCCUUCAAAGGCGGCCAAAAUGCCUCUGCAACAGCUUUUCAAGCAGAACAUUGUGCAGUUCAACAAUUUCCCCAAGCGGAUUGCCGCCGGCGGAGCACGCAAGCCCACGGCUCCCGAUCUGCAUGUAAACAAUCGCAAACUUGGUUUGGCCAACAAAAGAAAGGGGCGCACUCGCAUCAAGUUGGAUGCUAAGAAGAUCGCCCUGGCCAAGCAGUUGAUACUGCGCGAGGCCACCACCACGGUUAUCGCCAACGAGCUAAACAUCUCGCGCACCUUCGCCUGGCGCCUGCGCAAAAGUUUGGUUAAUGGUGUUAGUUUGCAUGAGCGCGUAGUAGAUCCAGCGCAGGAGGAGCAGCAUCUGCAGCAGCAGCACCAUCAUCAUCAUCAGCUACAGUUACAGCAGCAACAGAUGGAGGAGCAGCAGCAGGCAGCAGCUGCAGCAGCGGCACAAGCGGAACGUGAACGAGAGCAUCAUCAUUUGAGUCUUCCCUAUAGCCACCUUGGUUUGGGGCUUAUCAAAGAGGAGCGUCAGGACAGCGAGGAUGAGGAUCAACAACAGCAACAACAUCACCAUCAUCCGCAUCAUCAGCUGGGUCUAUUAGAUGAGUGCGGUGCGGAGGAGAUCGGGGCCGAGGAAACGGCUGGUUAUAUGGGCGAUGAGGACGCCGUUUGUGGAUUGCUUCACAAUGGCUACGACCCAGAUCCCGAAUCGGAUCCCAUUGAUCACGAUCCUUUCGAAGCCACCGAGAACAAUGAGCAUCAUUCAAAUGGAGGACGUCCCGGUUCUGCUUCGCCCGCGCCACCUCUACCGCCGCCAUCGUUGGGUAGUUCUGGAGUUCCAGUUCCGGUACAAGUACAUAGUGCCGCCACUCGUUCUGAUGUCGAGGUCUAUAAGCGCCUGCUAGCCGAGUCGCAGCACUUCCCUCACAUUGUCAAUGCCCAGCAGCUGCAGCUGCAACAACAGCAUCGCGAGCGGGAAAGGGAGCAGCGGGAUCGCGAACGCGAACAAUUGCAACAGCAGAAGGUCCACAAUGGCGGUAUGCCGAUGCUCACACGCUAUCCGCCUGGCGUCAUGCACGCCCUGCCCGUCAAUCUGUCCCUGCGCUCCAUGCCCCACAUGAACAGCAACGAGAGCAAUGGCAGCUCGAGUAGCAACACUGCAGCCCCUGUACCCGUUCCUGGCUCAUCUGGACCCUCGGCGACUUCCACACCAACUGGCAAGAAGCCCCGUAAACCUAACGUCUUUAUUGAUGAUGAAAAGUAUGCAAUGGCUAAGUUGCUGGUGGCUCAGAACUCCUCCACGAUGGAGAUAGCCAGGGCCCUCAAUGUUUCCCAAAUGACGGCUUGGAAAGUGCGUGAUGCCAUUCUUAAGGGAGUACCGCUUUCCUACCGUAACAAGAGAUCAGAGGGAAGGCAUUCUGAGGAGUUCAGUAUCAAGGAGCAGCAGCAGCAGCAGCAACAGCAACAGCAACAGCAGCAACAGCAACAGCAACAUCAGCAACAACAGGAGCAACAGCAACGCCAGCAGGAGUUGCAGCGACAGCAGCAACAGCAAAUGGAGCAAAUGGAGCUAAUCAAACAGCAACGCCAGCAACAGGAGUUGCUACUUCAACAGCAGCAGCAGCAGCAGCAACAACAGCAGCAGCAACUGCGUCAUCACACACCAGCGGAUACAUCACACUAUCAACAACAGCAACAGUCGCAACCAAAGUUGCUUCAUCCUCGUCGCCGUCUUAAAGCCGCAGAACGUGAGCUGCGCGACAAGGAGAUCACACGCGAAAUACUCGAGCUAAUCAAGGAGGACAGCAAUAUUCAGUACUGGAAGGUGUCGGCCCGUUUGGCUGAAAAGGGAAUCAAUAUAUCGCCCUCGUCCGUCUGCCAGAAGCUCAAGUCAAUGGGCAUUCACCGACGAUGGAAGCCGGGCGACAAACCCCCUAUGCUGGCCAUUAGUCAGCUAAAAGCUGCCACUGUAGCAGCUGCAGCAGCGGCAGCUGGUUUGGCCGGCGUUGGUGGCGUUGUUGGUGGCAACGCUGGACUGGCCAGCAGUAGUUUUGGCUUGGCCGACGAUAGCUUCGAUCAACAACAAUUUGAUAUGGGUGGGCCACACUUUCUCAGUGCCUUUACGCGCUAGACGAAAAAGUCAAGAAGAAGUCCUCACCAUCAAGAACUAGGAUUAAAUAUUACACAUACAUUGGAUUGGAUCAGAAUCAUAGAGAGCAGCAGGUAACCUAAACAGCAGCUCUUAGUAGGUAUUUUGACUUGGAAAUUGUAGGUCUAGAGCUGGGGCAAAUGCUCUUUUUAACCCACUAUCAAAAUAUCAGCCUUGAACUUGGCUAUAGGGUAGAAUUAUUUGUAGAUACUGUUUUUAAUUAAGUAGGAAAGUGUAACUUGUUUAUCCGAAAGCAUGCUGACCGUCAUUACCAUUUUUUAUUACAAAUUUUAUUCCAAAAGUGUUACAUUUUUAUGAAAAUUGAAUUGAAGGCCUGCAAUUUCCAAUACAAAAUAUCUAUAAAUUGUCCACAAUAAUGACUUUUGAGUUAAAUAUAUAUAUAUAUAUAUUUUUUUUUUUUCGAGCCACCCUAAUCUAUAUGCAUAGAUCAGCACAGCAACAAGAACUUGUAUUUUUUAUAUAGUAUUUGAAAGAGAGCGCGCUUGAAAUGUAUUUGUAUUUGUAAUCGAUAUGAGAUAGCAUAUAUUGAAUGAUUCUGUAUUAGAUUUAUAUAUCCAAUAUAUAUAUAUAUAUACACUAUAUAUAUAUAUAUAUAUAUGCUAAGCAUUCCUAGAAUGUCAUACACAAAAAAGAAAACAGAAAUCACGCCCAAAAACACAUUCAUUCCAAGCGAGGAAACUAUUUCCUUUCUUUGAUUUCAGCAGCUUCCUUUUUUUCUUCCUCCAUCCAUCCACACACACACACACACACACACACACAUACACGUACACUAUACCAAUACAGACUUAGUUGAUAAUUUAAAAUAAUUUAAUUAACAUAUUUAUUGAUCGUAUGUCCUUGUGUGUGUGUGUGUGUGAGUGCCUUUUAAGUAAGAAAUGUAUUUCAUGGUUUUUCUACCAUUUAUAAUUUAUUUAUUAUUUUACUCACGCACACACAUAAUCAAUUAUUGAGUACUGAACUUUAAUUUAGUUAAAUGAAUGUAUCAAACGAUAAAGUUACAAUCAGAACAAAGCAAACGGAAGCAGAACAAACAGCAGCUAGAGAGAGAAAGUUAAGAAAGCUACCAACAUAAGUGCAAUUAUAAACUAAUCCUAGAAAAAAAAAAAUGAAAAACGAACCAGAAGAAUGUCAAACAUACGUGUGUGACCGAAACAGAAGAUAGCAGAGAGUGAGAGAUGGGAGAAAGAGAGGGAAGAUUGCCUAUCCAAUUUAAGGGCCAAAACACCACUGGCCAUCAUUGUAGAACCACUUGUUGAGUUCUUUCCUAAUUCUAUUUUAAAAAUCUUUUUACAAAUCUUAUCAUUAUGUUGAUUUAAAUAUACAAAUUGUAGUUUGUUUUUCUUAAAUGUUUAAAUUUAAUUUAAACUGUUUUAUUAUUGUGCUUUAAAAAUUUUAAACUAGUUUAGAUUAUCUAAAAAAAAAAAAAAAACUCAGCAUGUUUGUAUUCUAGAAACUACUAUACAUUCCCAAAGACAAACCAAAAUUAAAAAAUUUCAAUAUAACAUUUUUGUUUACAGUGGUGUUAAGCAAAUUUAGUUAAAAAAACAUUCCCUAGGGAAAAAUUUCAUUAAUUUUCUCCUUUCUUUCUCCUGGUCGUUAUCCCAUAUAGACAGUUACUCCGAAUCCAUCCUCCAACCAAACCCCACUUUUAAGUAAGAAAUCUAUGGAAACAAGACAAACGAUCAACGUUAAAAAAGAAAUUCGUAGCCAAUUGUUAGUUGAAAAUGAGAGAAAAAACAUUAAAACAAAAAUGAACAAAGCAAAAAAAAAAAAAAGAAAAGAAAAGAAAAAGAAAAUUAAGGGAAAAUAAAGACAAGUUGAGGACUCAGAACUGUAUUUAUUUACAGCAAAUUUUGUUUAGGAAUAUAUAUAUUUUAUAUUUUUUGUUGUUGUGGAUGUGUAAUUGCAAUUUUUUCUGCGAUUUAUUUUUGUAUAGAUUUUAAGGCCAGAAGUUAGAGCAAAAGAGAUAGUAAGCGAGCGAGCGAGACAGCGUUAGCCGAAGGUUGAGAUAGUAUUUUUUUUUUUUUUUUAUAUUUUUAUACAAUUUGAAAUUGUAACUGCUUUUUAUCAAUCAAUCAAUCAAUGAAUGAUUCCCUCCCUCCACCAAUCCACACACACAUACAAAAUCACACAUACACACGUAUAGUAUUUUCUAUAUAUAUAUAUAUAUUCAUUAAAUAUAAAUAUAUACAUAUAUAAAUUUAUGUAACAUUUAAACACAUUCAAACUAAAUUUAUGAAAUAGUUUUUUUUUUUUUUUUUUUUUUUUUAUAUACGUAUAUCAUAUUUAUUAGCCGCAGCUUAUAAAAUAGAUUAAAGAAGAAAGACGAUUGCAAUUCUUUGUAUGAAAUGCAAAGAACAAUAUCUAUGAAGUAUAUAAUUUAAUAUACAAAAAGUAUAUAUUUUAAAGCGUAUAAUAGUAAGGAUCCAUUGCAAGCAGCAUCAACAAAUAGAACUGACGUGCCUAUGUAGCGAUUAAAUCUGAAUAAAAACACAAUUACACCCAAACACACACACUCACACCUAGAGACAAGCCGAUGUAAUAUGCAUAAAUAAUCAUUCCAAAAUGUCAUAUGAAGGAAAAGAAACGAAAAAAAAAAACAAAAAUUCAAAAAAAACAACAUUAUAUAUUUUUAAAUGAAUAAAUAAUAUUUCAAGAAUAUUUUCCCAAGAUUUUGAAGUCGAUUUGGGGCAAAGUUCAUACAAAGUUCAAAGAUGAGAUUGAAAUUGACUUUGUAUCUACCGAUGAACUGAAACUGGUUAAUAAAUGAAUAUUACCAGCUUGUUAUAUGGAAUGUGGAAGUUUACUUAAGUUUUUCUAAGUGCAUUUACAGCUUAUAAGCUCUUUGAAAGUCUGGCUGCGUCAUUAAAGAUAGCUCCGAAAAGCAGACUAUAUAUUUGUGAAUAAGCAAAAGAAGCAAUUUUCACAGCUGCUAGAAAAAAUCAAAAAUUGGAAAAUUUAUGUGCCAUUAUUAGACCAAACUACAAGUGAAAACAAAGAACCUUUAAACAUAUCUGGAAUA